AUGAGUGGCCAGGGUCUUGUCCAUGUCACCCUGUGCCACCGGACCCUUUACAUCGGGGUCCACGUUCCCCUGGGGAGGAAGUCCCACCGACGUCACCGUCACCAUGGCGGCCACAACAAAAACAGCAGGAAGAGAUCCAAAGAGAGGGAAUCUGGGGUGGACGGCGAUGGCAGAGAAUCACCCUCCCACACAGACACUCCUGCCCAGAGGGUGCAGUUCCUUCUGGGGACAGAGGAUGGUGAUGAGGAGCACAUACCUCAUGCCCUCUUCACUGAGCUGGAUGAGAUCUGCCUGAGAGAGGGCGAGGAUGCAGAGUGGAAGGAGACCGCCAGGUGGCUGAAGUUUGAGGAGGACGUGGAGGAUGGAGGCGAGCGUUGGAGCAAGCCCUACGUGGCCACCCUGUCUCUACAUAGCCUGUUUGAGCUGAGGAGCUGCAUCCUCAACGGCACUGUGCUGCUGGACAUGAGGGCCAACUCACUGGAGGAGAUCGCCGAUAUGGUCCUGGACCAGCAUGAGGUGUCGGCCGCGGUGGGGGAGGACGUGAGGAGGAGGAUCCGUGAGGCGCUCCUGAAGCAGCACCACCACCAGAACCACAAGAAGCUGGCCAACCGCAUCCCCAUCGUACGCUCCUUCGCCGACAUUGGCAAAAAGCAUUCCGAGCCCCACUCCAUGGACAAGAACGUCCCAAACCUUCAAAAGUCAGACUGUUCUCCCCAGUCCCAGCCAGCCACCACAGAGGGCAAGGAACAUGUCAGCCGGGAGAACAGCAUGUGGACUUCCAGCAAAGGCAUUCCAACGUCUGGUGGGGGGAGCUACGAGUUCCUGGAGCCAGCCCGUGGUGGCCUUGUUACACGCCUUGUCCGCGCCGUGCUGCACUCACACGGCCUAGCUGAGGUCCUCCAAUCCAACCACCAGGUUCCCUGUUCAUUCUGCUUGGGGCCUCUGGGAAAAGGACCCACACGUAAACCAUGCAAGAUUGGGCCCGAAUCCAUCGCAACUCUGAAUGACAGACCGAGCCAAGGACAGGAACGACCUGGUGGCCGCAUCGAUGAGUUCCUGGACCAGGUGGACUGUGUUUGCCACCUGGGGAGUGGGGACCCCUCCAAUCAGGAUAAGAGCCGCCCAAAAAAUGUGCCCUCUCAGGAAAAGCGGCAAGGUUCCUCUCUACCCAACGGAGAUCGGGAGAAGCAGGGAACCUGGUGGCCAUGGAAGGCCCAGAGCUACAGCGCAACAGAAGGCCACCGGACUCUUUACAUCGGGGUCCAUGUUCCCCUGGGGAGGAAGUCCCACCGACGUCACCGUCACCAUGGCGGCCACAACAAAAACAGCAGGAAGAGAUCCAAAGAGAGGGAAUCUGGGGUGGACGGCGAUGGCAGAGAAUCACCCUCCCACACAGACACUCCUGCCCAGAGGGUGCAGUUCCUGCUGGGGACAGAGGAUGGUGAUGAGGAGCACAUAUCUCACGCCCUCUUCACUGAGCUGGAUGAGAUCUGCCUGAGAGAGGGCGAGGACGCAGAGUGGAAGGAGACCGCCAGGUGGCUGAAGUUUGAGGAGGACGUGGAGGAUGGAGGCGAGCGUUGGAGCAAGCCCUACGUAGCCACCCUGUCUCUUCAUAGCCUGUUUGAACUGAGGAGCUGCAUCCUCAACGGCACCGUGCUGCUGGACAUGAGAGCCAACUCACUGGAGGAGAUCGCCGAUAUGGUCCUGGACCAGCAUGAGGUGUCGGGCGCGGUGGGGGAGGACGUGAGGAGGAGGAUCCGGGAGGCGCUCCUGAAGCAGCACCACCACCAGAACCACAAGAAGCUGGCCAACCGCAUCCCCAUCGUACGCUCCUUCGCCGACAUCGGCAAGAAGCAUUCCGAGCCCCACUCCAUGGACAAGAACGGUCAGACUGUCUCUCCCCAGUCCCAGCCAGCCACCACAGAGGGCAAGGAACAUGUCAGCCGGGAGAACAGCCAUGUGGACUUCAGCAAGAUUGACCUCCACUUCAUGAAGAAGAUUCCCCCCGGUGCAGAGGCAUCCAACGUCCUGGUGGGGGAGCUAGAGUUCCUGGAGCAGCCCGUGGUGGCCUUUGUCCGUCUGUGUCCCGCCGUGCUGCUCAACGGCCUGGCUGAGGUCCCCAUCACCACCAGGUUCCUGUUCAUUCUGCUGGGGCCUCUGGGAAAAGGACCACAGUACCAUGAGAUUGGCCGAUCCAUCGCAACUCUGAUGACAGACGAGGUGUUCCAUGACGUGGCGUAUAAAGCCAAGGACAGGAACGACCUGGUGGCCGGCAUCGAUGAGUUCCUGGACCAGGUGACUGUGUUGCCACCUGGGGAGUGGGACCCCUCCAUCAGGAUAGAGCCGCCCAAAAAUGUGCCCUCUCAGGAAAAGCGCAAGGUCCCUCCUCUACCCAACGGAGAUCUGGGAGAAGCAGAGGAACCUGGUGGCCAUGGAGGCCCAGAGCUACAGCGCACAGGAAGGUAGG